AUGGUUGUCCUCGCUGCCUCCAUCUGCUCUCGCGGCGGUAAAGCUGUCCUCUCGAGGCAGUUCCGCGAGAUGCCCAGAUCGCGAAUCGAAGCUUUGCUGGCAUCUUUCCCCAAGCUUGCCGACAGCGGUACGCAGCACACCACUGUUGAGCAAGAUAACGUCCGCUUCGUCUACCAACCCCUUGACGAGCUCUACAUGGUCCUCAUCACAAAUCGCCAGUCCAAUAUCCUGCAGGACAUCGACUCCCUGCAUCUAUUUGCUCAGGUUGUGACCAGCACAUGCAAGAGCCUGGACGAAAGAGAAAUUCUCAAGAAUGCAUACGAAUUGCUCAGUGCCUUUGACGAGCUGGUCACUCUGGGCUACCGGGAAAACCUCACAAUCAGCCAAAUCAAGACCUUCCUCGAGAUGGAGUCCCACGAAGAGCGCAUCCAGGAGAUUAUUGCAAGAAACAAGGAGUUGGAGGCCACAGAGGAGCGCAAGCGCAAGGCGAAGCAACUGGAGAUGCAGCGCAAGGAGUCGGCAAGAAGCGGUCGUGCUGGCGUACCCCGAACACCAGUCUACCCAACCUAUACCCCUCCGACUCGACCUACCCCAACCGAUACGUACGACAGUUAUGAAGCCGAGAAGAACAAGACCACUCUCAAGACUACUACCAUGAAGGGCAAGGGUAUGCAGCUUGGAAAGAAGUCCAAGACAACCGACAUGUUUGAGCGCGUACGCGGAGAUAUGGGCACCGAAGUCGACGAGUCUCCUCUGGUCCCUGUUGCAUCUCCUGCACCCGUCGCUGAACCUGCGGCACCACGCGCAUCUACGACGCUGGAUCGCGAUGCCAUUCAUGUUACCGUCAACGAAUCCAUAUCGGCCAAGCUUUCGAAGGAGGGAUCUGUCAACUCUCUCUCGGUCAGCGGUGACUUGACCCUUCGCGUCUCAGACCCAAGCUUGACCAAGAUCAAGAUGGCUCUCUCGGCCACUCCAUCGCAUGGUGUACAAUUCCGAACACACCCCAACGUCGACAAGGCGGCUUUCAACGGCUCCAAGGUAAUCCAGAUGAGCAAUGCCUCACGUGGAUUCCCCGUGAACAAUGCUGUUGGCGUUCUCCGCUGGAGGGCCUCGCCCAAGGUCGACGACCCCACAGCCGUUCCUAUCCAGUUCACCGUCUGGGUGAACAAGGGAUCUGACGGCAACUAUGGUCUUACUGUUGAAUAUGAGCUUUCUGGUGGCCAGGAGCUUAGGGACGUCAGUGUUACGAUUCCCUACUCCACCAGCGAGCCCUCAGUCUCGAGCUUUGAUGCACAGUAUGAGGUGUCGGGCGACAGCUUAGAAUGGACAAUCGGCACAAUUACCCCAGAUGAGCCAAAUGGCUCCUUUGAGUUCGAGGCACAAGCAGACGGCGAAGAGGAGUUCUUCCCCAUGCAAGUGCGCUUUUCCAAGACGACCCCAUUCAUCGAUGUUGAUGUCCUGUCUGUUGCAUUGCUAGAGGAAAAUGAGGAAGUGACCUUCUCCAAGGACAUCAAGUCUGUGGCGGACUCAUAUGUGGUUGAGUAA